AUGCCUCGAGGGAGUACACAAUCGAAUGAUGCGCUUAUUCAUGAUGAAUGGAUUUAUAUUGAAACCCCAAAAAAUAUAAAAACCAAGUACUAUUUUCAACAAAUCAAAGAAAUAGAGAAAAGGGAAAUUUAUAAGGCGAAUUUAGAGAAACUUAAAAAUAGUGUUGGAGUGUUUAAGAAUGCUGUGGACGGUAUUAUAAAUAAAAUUAAAAAAUUCAAAAGUGAGCACAAUUUAUUUAACAAAUGUACACCUGAGGAAGUUAAAAAUUGUUUGAAAAAUGGUGGGGAUGGUGGGAAUGAUGAAAUGGACCUGGAAAAGAUCGCUCAAUCUGAAGAGACACCCGAGAAAAACAAAAAUGAUAAGAAAGGAAUAAAACGAACACUUCAGAAAUUAUGCGUAUGUUUCGGAGAACCUUCUACCUCUUAUCAUAAACAGUCUUCUUCUGAUAAAGAACAUUCUCUUCCUCCACCGAAGCAGUCAAAAAACAUCCAAACAAAUGAACAAUACGAGGAAUUAAUCAAACUGGUGAUUGAAUGUAAAGUGUUUAUUAGAGAUUUACAUUCUGAAGGGGGAGAAGGCUCUUUGAUUGAUAUAUUCUCUUUUAUGGAAAAUCAUUCUGAAAUGAAGGAUUUAAAAAAGAUUUCUGAAUUAUCAAAAAUACAAACUGAAAAAUUGGAUCAAGCUAUUUUUAAAAGAAUUUAUGAGGAACACAAAAAAGAAUCCAAGUCUAAACGAGCAAUAGUGCAGGGUGCUGGUCCAGUCGGUUUAUAUGCUACCUACAAACUUUUUAUUGGAGGAGUGAAUGUAACACUUGUAAAUGAUCGUUCCGAGGAGUAUAUAAGAAAUCGAGUUGUCUUUUUUGACCGAAAAUGGAUGUCACAAUUACGUUUCUUUUUGGGUACUAAAUUUGAUAAAUUAUUUUUUGACAAUGAAAAUGGAGAAAAAUCGUUGGGAAUGAUUCUUGAUGAAGAUAUUGGGUUUGUUAACAUUAAACAUAUGGAAAAUGUUUUGAUGAAGCGGUUAAAAAAUUUAUCAAAAUAUAUAAAUGAGAAAGAAGAGGAAAGAACAAGUCAGGAGACUCAGCAUGAAAUCACUGAAGAAAUUCAACAAGGAAAUCAGAAAGGAAAAUCAUUUUUGAAUUUGAUUUACAUUACAGCAGUUUUGGACAUAAAUAAAGACUAUGAAAAGCCUUUGGCCAUCUUAGGCGCUUCAGAAAAGCGUCCUGGAUCCUUUGAUUAUGGUCAUUUAAAGCAAAUAUUAACAAAUUAUGAAGGAAUGAAAAUUUUCGAAUCAAACAAAACAAUAGGAAUUCCUUUUGAUUUGUUUUUCUGUGCUGGUGGUGCAAGAGACCAAAUACGCACAAAAUUUAUAGGCAAAUUUUUUAUAUGA